AUGCUUCUUUCACCCUCCGAGUUUCUUUACUUUUACUAUUCUCAAAAAGCUGCAAGUCAUUUCGUAGCAUCCCAAUUAAUCAUGUUCGCCGGUAACCACGCAGAAGUCUUCGAGGGCUGGAAGGUCCAGCAUGGUGCUCAGGCUACAUCCGUUCCAUUGACAUUCAUUGAAAAUCUCAAGAAAAACUAUCCAGAUUACCAUGUUAUGCAGACCAAUCCCGAUAAAUGUGACCUCAUGGGUUACGCUGAUGCCGGUUUCGCAAAAAAUGAACGCAGUGAUGAAAUUGCUAAUUGCACCGUCCAAACAUACCACGCACCAGGAUCUCGUCUUGCUAAUAAACCGAAGACGGUCGUUGAACAUGUUAAAUUCGGCAGGUGGGCUUAUGUCUGGGAGAAAAUGGAAUACAUUGUUUAUCAAGCACAGUAUGAUCAUCCAGCGGGGUUCGGCACUUUGAAGUUACAGUUUAUCCUUACAGAUAAAGAAGAAGACCCCUCCGCUGAGAGCAUAAAUGCUUUGAUUCUAGCCGCCAGUGCCUGGACCGUUGAACUCCACGAAGAAAUCUACGUCUUCGAUAGUCAAGAAUGGGUUAAAGACAAGAACCUUUACGAAUCUGUUCAGGGCUCCUCGUGGGACGAAGUUAUUCUCAAUAAAAGAAUGAAAAUCAAUCUUAUUGCUGAUGUGGAGGGCUUCUUCGAUAAUCAGGCUUUGUAUAAGAAGCUUGCUGUGCCUUGGAAACGUGGAAUCAUUUUGCAUGGUGUACCAGGAAAUGGCAAAACCAUCUCUAUCAAAGCCCUCAUGUCAACUCUCUCCUCUCGUCCUUCCCCUAUUCCAUCCCUCUACGUCAAAUCCUUCGACGGUGAAUGUCACGGCCCAAAAUGGGCCAUCUCAACCAUCUUUCAAAAAGCCCGCAAAAUGGCACCCUGCCUCCUCAUCUUCGAAGAUCUCGAUUCUCUCGUCACCGAGAAAACAAGAUCUUAUUUCUUAAAUGAAGUAGAUGGACUAGAAUCCAAUGAUGGCAUCCUCAUGAUCGGCAGUACGAAUCAUUUGGGAAAACUGGAUUCGAGUAUUAGUAAGAGACCGAGCAGAUUUGAUCGUAAGUACUGUUUUAGGGUUCCGAAUGAAGAAGAGCGGAGAGCGUAUGUGGAAUUUUGGAGGGGAAAGUUGGGAAAGGAUGGAGGGGAUAUGGUGGAGUUUGGAGAGGAACUGUGUUCGCUUGUUGCGAAGAUGACGGAGGGAUUCAGUUUUGCUUAUUUGAAAGAGCUGUUUAUUGUUACGCUGUUGAGUAUUGCGAGGAGUGCUACGGAAGCGCAUGAUGAUGGUGCUGAGGACAAAGAUCAGGGUGAGAGUUAUACGACUGCUUCUACAUCCACGCAUACGGAUGAUGGUGUAGUAGUCGAGAAAGACGAUAGCAUGGAAGAUGUUCUUCGCGAUCCUCAACCUUCUAAUGACACCGAGCACACAGCUGAGCAGACCAAGCCUCAGAAGACUCUCCCAAGUGUGGAUAUUCCUGAGCAUCUCACAGAUAACAUUUUUCUCAAAGCGCUUAUGUUUCAAGCGAAGAUGCUGGUAGAGGAAAUGGAUAACACGGAUGAACUCAUGGGAGGGGAGAAGGUUCCUAGUCCGAUUGGGAUGGGCGGUGCUAUGCCCAUAGGGAUGGCGAGGGCGAGGGCGGGGAUGGGUAUGUGUUGA